AUGUUUGAGUUUGUGUCAUUGGCACCGCCAAAACAGAUUGCCGAGCCUGUGGAUGAACCCGAUGAAGAUUCGUACGACCCCUUUGAAGAUCAAGACGUGAAGGAUGAGGACGAAGACGACAAGAAAGUUUUGCAGCUUGAACAGCUGAAAAACACCUCCAAGACACAAGCCAGACUUCUCACUUUUGACGGCCAAAUCAAUAUCCUGGCCGACCCUGGAUGGGACGGAGUGAGCGAUCUAUCGUAUUUGGAGCCGCACAUCCCCAACAUCCAUCUAAUCAUUCUCUCGCAAACGACCACCGAGUACCUCGGAGCCUUUGCGUAUCUUCUGUACAAAUACCCGAUUCUUCGCAAAGUGAAGACGUACGCGACGCUUCCUGUUUCCAAACUCGGACGAUUGGCAGCCAUAGAGCUCUAUAGAUCGGCUGGGCUGGUUGGCCCGCUGAAGGGUGCCGUUUUAGACGUGGAAGACGUGGAAAACUACUUCAACUCCAUCAUCACAGUCAACUACUCCCAAUCCGUGUCUUUGACAGGCAACUUGUCGGGAAUCACCAUCACAGCGUUCAAUUCUGGCCAUACACUAGGAGGAUCGUUCUGGCUGCUCAACAAGGAUGCUGAGAAGAUUGUGUACGCUCCCACAUGGAACCACUCCAAGGACUACUUUCUGAAACCGGGCCGCUUGAACUUGCCAAAUCUUCUCCGUGCCACCACUUUGAUCAGCGGGUCUGAUUUAGGGUCCUCGUUGUCGCACAAGAUGCGAAUCAGCAAGUUCAUGGAGCUAGUGAAACUCACGUUGAUGAACGGGACGUCCAUUUUGCUCCCGACCUCUGUCACCGGCAGAUUGCUGGAGCUGCUUCCUUUGCUUGACCAGAAUGUGCCGAUAGAUAUCAACUUCUACCUUGUCUCUUUCACAGGCAAGAAAUCGUUGGAAUUUUCGGGCAACAUGCUGGAGUGGAUGUCGCCGGAUAUCACCAAGAACUGGGAGAAUCAGAACCGAACGCCGUUCGAGUCGAACAGACUGAAACUCAUAUCAUUGCGGGAUCUUGCCUCGCUUGACCACAGGCCAAAGAUAAUCUUUGUGGACGGCACAGAUCUCAACGAAGGGUCUCUUUCUAGAGAUUGUUUCGUAGAGCUUUGUUCCAAGCACAACACCGCGCUGAUCAUGACUGAGAGGCCGGAAGUGAACACCACAGCAUAUGAUGUGUACAAGGAGUGGGAGAGCAAGGUAAAAAGCGAUAAUAAUCUGAAAGACGGCGCACUGACCAUUCUUGAAAAACAGAUGUCUCUGUCCGUAACCAGGGAGGAAAAACUGCGUGGCUCGGAACUGAAUGCCUACAAAAAAACUGUUGAGGAGCGUAGGCAGCGCCGCAAGGAGCAGGAGGUGCAAGAAAGACUGAACAACGACCUUCUGGACACGCUGAUCGGCGAGGACGAAGACGAUGAUGACGACGAUUCGGAACUUUCUGACGGAGAAGACGCUGGUGCCGACGCCGAAAAUGGAGAGAACGACGAAGUCAAGACCACAACAACGUCCACCGCGCUGAUUCAGUCCACACAUUCAGCAAAGGACGAAGAGGAGCAUAUCACUGUCGACCAAAUUUUGCAGAUGCCUAUGGACUUUGACGUGCGGAAUGCCAAAGGAAGAAACAGGAUGUUUCCCUUCAUUGUCAAAAAAGUCUCCGUCGACGACUACGGGGAAGUGAUCACACACAGCGAUUUUAUGAGAGAAGAGGAAAAGUUUCCUCUCAACAAGCCCGCCUACGAAGAAGAGGUGGAGGAAGUUGUGGAAGAAUAUCUGGAGAACGGGAAGAGAAAAAGACGCACGGUGAAGAGGCAGGUCAAAAAAAGUAGAAAAGCAACUGUCGUUGAACAGGCGAAGGAAAAAGACACCGUCUACAACCUGGACGCGCUGGCAGAUCCGAAAGUGCGCAGCAUCAAACCCAUUUCUGUGGAAGUCCGGUGCGGUCUCGCGUUUGUGGACCUGUCUGGAUUGGCGGAUCUGAGAUCCAUGAGAAUCACCUUCAACUCGGUGAAACCUCGUAAGGUCAUCUUGCUUCCAAACACCACACAGGCCUAUAUGGGGGGCGCGUUGGACGUGAUGGGCGCGGUCAUGGCCCAGCAGAAAUCCAAGAUGCUGGCCAUUUACCAGGCUGACGACGCAUCUGGCAUUCUAGGCACAGAUUACAUUCUUUCCAAGUUCAACGAAAAAAUCGACCUCGGCAACGUCGUCACUUCGUAUGACCUCGUCAUCUCCAACGAGCUCAACAACACGCUCAACUGGCAGGCAAUCACGGGCGGAUACUCGAUCGCGCACGUUUACGGAGAAGUGGUGCCAGUGACGCCCGGAGACAAGCAUUUGAAGCUUGUCCCACCCACCAACGCUAACGUAAUGCCUGUUUCCAACUCUAUUAGUAUUGGAGACAUCAAAUUAACAGAGCUGCGUCGCAAGCUGACGGAGCUCAACCAUGCAGUCGAGUUCCGCGGGGACGGUACGCUCGUGGUCAACAACCAGCUUGCCGUCCGAAAAGUCACCGACGGUAACCUGGUGAUUGACGGUGCGAUGGGCCAGCUUUUCUACCAGGUUCGCAGCCUUGUCCAGGAUAUGCUCGCGUACGUUUGA